UUCUGAGGUUCUAAUUUCAGGUGUUUUUGAGAACACACUUCACAAUUUAGACGUGAGCAAGGACAUGAGGAGACCAAAGGCCUGGGAUUUUGCUAAUCAGAAUGAAACAAACGUUGAAAGACUUUUCAAAUCUACUGUUGGUGGUGCUCUGUGACUAUGUUCUUGGAGAGGCGGAGUAUCUCCUCCUGGGAGAGCCGGGGCAUGUAGCGCUGAGCAACACCACCGUGUCUGUGGAUUUCCAGUAUUUUGACGGGUACAACGGGACCCUGCGGAACGUAUCGGUGCUCCUGCUGGAGGCUCACACCAACCGGACUGUGACCACCAAACACCUCCUGACCAACCAGUCCCAGGGGACCCUCGAGUUUGAAUGCUUCUACUUCAAGGAGGCCGGUGACUACUGGUUCACCAUGACUCAGGGAGUGACAGAGAGCAGCGCUCCGGCUCCGCGCUGGGAGAAGGCGGCCUUCCUGAAGGUGGAGUGGCCCGUCUUUCACGUGGCUCUGAAUAGGACGCCCAAGGCAGCGGAAGGCACCUUCCAGGUGGGCCUUUUCACCGAUCAGCCACUCUGCCUGUUCCCCGGGGACAAGCCUGACAUCUUGGUGGACGUCAUCUUCACCAACAGUCUUCCCGAGGCACAAACGGGUGAGGGGCGGCCGCUGGAGAUAAGAGCCAGCAAGAGGGCGGAGCUCGCUCAGGGUCAGUGGGUUGAGUUCGGCUGUGCGCCUGUGGGGCCGGAAGCCUACGUCACUGUGGUGCUAAAGCUGCUUGGCCGAGACUCGGUCAUCACCUCCCUUGGACCCAUCGACCUGGCCCAGAAAUUCGGAUACAAAUUGGUGAUGGUGCCAGAACUCACGUGUGCCUCCGGGGUGGAGGUGAUGGUGCUGCCCCCGCCGUGCGUCUACGUCCAGGGAGUGAUUUCAGUCUUCAAGGAGGCCCCCAGGCGUCCAGGGGAAGGGACCACGUGGCUGGCUGCAAAUAGGCUGAGCUUGGGACAGAGGAGAACAGUGUUCAACUGCACUUUGUUCGACAUGGGGAGGAAUAAAUACUGCUUCGGCUUUGGCGUCUCAAGCAGGAGCCAGCUCGCCACAAAGGAGAAGGAGUGCAUGCUGAUUCAGAGAAAUAUAGAAACCUGGGGACUGUGGCAGCCGUGGAGCCGGUGUAGUGCCACCUGCGGGGACGGCGUCCGAGAGCGCCGCCGCCUGUGCCUGAUGUCCUUCCCCUCCCGACCUGGCUGUCCUGGAAUGUCCUCGGAGACGUCCCGGUGUUCCCUGGAGGAGUGUGCCGCGCUCCUUGCCUCAAGCCCGUCUCCCCUGCAGCCGCAGGGCCCCGAGAAAUCCAACAACAUCGUGACGGUCACCGGGAUCUCGCUGUGCCUGUUCAUCAUCGUGGCCACCGUGCUCAUCACGCUGUGGAGGAAGUUCGGGCGCCCCCCGAAGUGCAGCGCUCCUGCCCGGCACGGCUCCGCGCACUCGGCCGGCUUUCGGAAGAAUUCGGACGAGGAGACCAUCUGCGAGCUGGGCGAGCCGCGCGGGAGCUUCUCAGACGCGGGGGACGGGCCCGCGGGGGACGCGGGCAUCCCCUUGACCUACAGGCCGAGCGCGCCGGCCGCCGCGCCCGACGACGAGGCCUCGGGCAGCGAGAGCUUCCAGUCCAGCGCGCAGAAGAUCAUCCCGCCGCUGUUCAGCUACCGGCUGGCGCAGCAGCAGCUGAAGGAGAUGAAGCAGAAGGGCCUGACCGAGACCACCAAGGUGUACCACGUGUCCCAGAGCCCGCUCACCGACACGGCCGUGCAGGCGGCCGCCGCCGCGCCCGCCGACCUGCCCUUGGACCUGGAGAGCCCCGAAGAGGCUGCUGCGCCCAAGUUCCGGCUCAAGUCCCCGUUCGUGGACCCGCCGGCGGCCGGGCCCGCGGAGAGGCCGGGCUCCCGCCUGCAAGGCCCCGGCGCCCCGGCCGCCUGCGCCGUCAGCCCCAGCCAGACGCUGCUGCGCAAGGCCCAGGCCAGGCCCGCGGGCGGCCGAGCGGGGCCGGCGGACCGGAGCCAGCCCCGGGGCUUGCACUUCCGCAGGACCUCCAGCUUCCACGAGGCCCGGCAGGCGCGCCCGUUCCGGGAGAGGAGCCUGAGCUCCCUGCCCGCACGGCAGGCGCCAGCGCGCGGCUCGCGGACGCGGCCUUGGGAGCCGGCGGAGGACCGGGCGCGGCCCCCGAGCCGGGGCGCCGCCGGGGGGCCUGGGACGCUGGACCGCGCGCAGGGAGCAGGCGGCGUCGGCGGCCCGGUCAGCGCUCUCCCCAGAUGCUACCCCUCGGCGCAGCCCGUGAGGAAGCCCGAGGCCGGGGGCCGCCAGGCAGGGUCUGUGGCCGCAGGCGACAGAGCGGAGCCCCCCAGGGCGCGGCGGGGGCCGUCCCCCAGUCACAGGAGCGCCGCCAGGAAGCAGCCUUCGCCCACAGCCCCCAAAGAGAGCUACCCCAGGGUCAGCCCCCUGAGCCCUUCGCAGGGCAGGAGAGACAAGUGUCAGAGCUUCCCAGCGCAGCCCGAGUUCGCCUUCUACGACAACACCUCGUUCGGCCUCACCGAGGCCGAGCAGAGGCUGCUGGACCUCCCGGGGUAUUUCGGGUCCAACGAAGAGGACGAGACCACCAGCACGCUCAGCGUGGAGAAGCUGGUCAUCUAG